AUGGCCACCACCAACAAUCAAACACCGUUACUUCGCUGCGAGUCCCCGCCUCCAGACGCCCUGCCAACACCAGCCCUCGGCGCAUGCCCAGAACUCUCUCGCUGCGUGUCGACAACGUCCUCUUGGUCUCAUGGCAGUAACGAUGCCAACUCCCGGGAUUCCCUCGGCAUCGAAAACUACAACAACCGCCAUUCCACCGGCAACCUCGACGUCACGAGCAUGAAGCAGCGCCGCGACGUAUCGACUUCGAGACACUCUAGCUACAACCUCGAUGGCCGAAGCCGUCGUCGUGGUUACAUGCGACCACAAGGAACAGAUUUCGCCGAGAGCGCACGAUCUCGUGAGAGUGUCAUGAGUCUCGGCAGUAUCGCACAUCUGCAGUACUACUUCGCUAGAACAGGCCUACUUGACGGCAAGGGUGGCCAACUGGCUAGAAAGAAACAGCAACGUGCAACUCUCGAUCUUUCAUCUUUGGAUACCAACACCGGCUCAUUGCCCAACAUUGCCGGUUCAGAUGUCGAUUCCUAUGCUUCCACAAGCAGUAGCCCAGACUUUAGCUCAGAGGGAUUCGGCAAUGACAUCGUCGAAUCCCCAACCGAAGAGAUGGAGGAGUUCUUUGAUGACACCUUCAGCGAUGUUGGAGGCAACAUGCUUCCCCCAACUGUGAGCACUUACCACCACCGAGAAAACGUGGUCCCGAAGCCACCUACCAUUGAGGAGCUCAAGUUUGAGCUUGAACAAGCGCUUGGUGAUGCAAAGGAUGCUUUGGACGAAGUAGAGGCGCGAAGAGUCGGCACUUUUAAGCCUCCGGCCGAUGCCCCUGAAUACCCAAACAUGCCAAAAGAGCACACCCAGGGAUGGUAUGAGCUCCAGGGAAUGCACAUUCUAGAUGUUGCGACACUGGCCAUUCGCGCAGCAAAGAUGUACUACACAGCCCAUGAGCUGCCCGACCGCCUUGACUCUAUUAAACCUGAGAAGCAGGUCAGAGCGGACCUUUUGGGUGUGAUGGAGACUCUCAGACAGAUGGCCACUAGAAAUUUCAAGGAAGGCAUGAAAGAGGAGGAGACCAAGACCAUGACCAACUGGAUCGACAGUGUGUUUGACAUCUUGAAGCAGGAACAAGAGAUCGAGGAUGCAGAGAUUGCUGAGCGGGAUGGAUGGAUCUGGCUCAAGGGCGACUGGACUGGCCGUGAGUUGGAGCGAGAGCGACAGUUCCUCCUCUCCAUGGACACAACCUCUGAGCCCCUGCCCGAGUGGAAGCCCAUGUCUGCUACAGACGAAAAGCCCACGCCUUUCCUCGAAGCUAUGCAGGACGGUGUUCGACUUGUCAAGCUUCACAACGCCGUUGUACACAAAUCACGAAGACGAUUUGGGGCUAUCGGAUCAUACCACACCGAUACCCAGAAGCCCUACCGCUGUGCCGACAACCUGCGAUACUGGGUCAAGGCGGCCGAAUUGCGCUUUGAGGUCAUGCUCAAGGUUGACGUUUUGGCUGUUCAGUACAACACAUCCCCUCAGGCCUGGGUAGAUUUUGAGGCAGCCAUUCUCAAGUGGUCUCGCCAUGUUCGCGACGAGGUCACCCGUGAGCUGGAGCUAUAG